GCACAAUUCGAGGGCUUCUCGAUCAUCGCUGAGGCGAGUUUUUGUAUCGCGAAGUAAUAGAAGUGGGUCCGGUUGUGAGAGGAGUGGCAGUGUUCUCGAUAGGGAGCUGUGCUAUGCAGCUACAGAUGCAAGUGUAGAGUCAGAAGAAGUCCUUCUCGAAAUUUGUCUCUCUGUUUUUUUCUUUUUUCAGCUUGAUUUUUCGUGACCUAAACGGUGCAGGUAGGUUGAGGUUUUGAGGGAAGUAAGGAUGCUGAGUUCCGGGGAGACGGCCGCUCUUCUGGCCGUUCUAGGGGACGAGCGAUCGCUCGAGAGCCAUGUCUCGGCGUUUAGGAUCACCUUCAAGCGCCAUCAGCACUUCAAGGCGUGCUGUUGCUUAAUUAUGCUCCUUGAGGAUCGACGACUUUUAAAGCAGACAUAUCGCCUGGCAGCCUUUUACAUUCUGUUUGAGUUGUACCGCUGCGAGCAGUCAAGUACCAACCCCUUCUUGUCAUUCCUUAUUGAUGCAGCCUCCAAUGAGGCCGCAGAUAAAGUGGAAUGUGCAUUCUUACAAAUUCUUCUGCAGUCCCUCAAUAGCAACAACAAAGAACUUUCAAUGAAAUCAGCCAAUGAAUUUAUUUCAACUUUCGACCCUGCAGUUCAUAAACUUCUAAGUGCUGAGACAUUGAAAACAAGAUAUGCUGAUAAGCUUCCACCUGAGCCCCGGAUGAGCUGUUUCACAAAGGCAUCCAUCAGCAAUGUAAUUCUCGAUCCAGAUGUACCACUGGGCUAUAAUGUGAAAUCACCUGAACAUGGUGUGCCAGGAGGUCUGUCACAGCUUGGGGCCGGGAAUAGAGAAGCUGCGGCUGCUGCGCUGAUACAGGCUUCCUCAUUGAACGGACUGGAGCCUCCGUGGGUGCGCCCUGCUCCACCAAGGCUUCCGGUUCAGCAAGGAGAGAUGGUUUGGCUGAUUCCAGACACUCAACAUGAGCUUUUUUGGGAUAAUGGGAUGUGUGCGGACACCAGCCGUGGUGCUGCUAUCCGAGAGCAGAUAAAUCGUGCUUUGAAAGGCGCGCUAGAUGCUGCGCAGCAAAAGAAAUUUGUAAUGGAGCUGGAAGCUGAUCCUAAACUCGUAUAUCACUGUGGAUUGACUCCACGACGGUUGCCUGAACUUGUGAACAAUAGUCCAUUCAUUGCGGUUGAAGUUUUGCUCAAGCUGAUGAACUCAAACCAGAUCACAGAUUAUUUAAAGAUGCUGGUAAAUAUGGAUAUAAGUCUUCAUUCCAUGGAAGUUGUGAACCGCCUCACUUCAACUGUCGAUCUUCCUACAGAGUUCGUUCAUAUGUACAUCUCUAAUUGUAUAUCAUCCUGUGAAAAUAUCAAGGACAAGUACUUGCAAAACCGUCUGGUCCGACUGGUUUGUGUCUUCCUGCAAAGCUUGAUUCGAAACAAGAUAAUUAACGUGCAAGACUUGUUUAUAGAAGUCCAGGCUUUUUGCAUCAAUUUUUCACAGAUACGAGAAGCUGCUACUUUAUUCCGACUUCUGAAGUCACUUGAGUGCUGACAGUAGAUUUCACCUCUCGGCUGCCUACGCUGGAUCCUUUAGGUAGAGUGGCAAAGAUUGAUUUUGAAGGGUUGUCACACCCUGACGAUUAUGUAAAGUAUUGGUAGAUGUGAUGUCAGGCUUCAUGUGGACCCCAUUCAAUACAUCUGCUUCAGUCACUUCUCUCCUCAAUUUAUCUACAUUAUUUCCGUUGAAA